AUGGCCCAGGUGGACAGGGCCCUGAGACAUGGGGCCGCCCCAGACCCACCCUGUGUCUUCAAGCUGGUUCUCCUGGGAAGCGACUCUGUGGGCAAGUCCAGCCUGGCUCUCCGGUAUGUCAAGGAUGACUUCAGGAGCAUGCUGCCCACCGUGGGAUGUGCCUUCUUCACAAAGAUGGUGCACGUGGGGGGCGCCUCCCUCAAGUUUGAGAUCUGGGACAUGGCUGGCCAGAAGUACCAUAGCGUCUGCCGCCUCUACUUCCGGGGUGCCAGCUCUGUGCUGCUCGUGUACGACAUCACCAGCAAGGGUUCCUUCCUCAGGGCUCAACAGUGGCUGAGGGACCUGGAGGCCGAGUUCCUGCCGGGAGAGGUGGUGGUGAUGCUGAUCGGCAACAAGACAGACCUUGACAAGGAGCGUCAGGUGACCUUCGAGGAGGGGAAGGAGUUUGCAGAGAGUAGAAGGCUGCUGUUUGCGGAAGCCUCUGCCAAACUGAACCACCAGGUCACCGAGGCCUUCACUGCUGAGGCACGGGAGCUACUGCAAAGAGAAGAGGAGAGGGUGGACCAGACUCAGAGGGGGACCCCCAGGGUGACUCUGAAUGAAGGGCCCCCCCGGCAGGCCAAAUGCUGUGCCCGCUAG